CCUCUGGGUGUGUGUGUGUGUGUGUGUGUGGGGGGGGGGGGGGGGGAGACCUCCCUCCAAUCCUUCCAUCCGUAAAUGUCGAUUGUGUGACCUCAGUUCCGAGCGUCACUUUUUCUUUCGGUGGUCACCAUGGACAAGCCGGCUCCCGAGCCGGUGGGCCCCCAGAGUCUGCCCCGGGUGGGGGUGGUGUCCAAGCGUUUGGGGUGUCGCUGGCUGCCUCCAGUCUACAGGGAGGAACUCUACGAGGUGUUGAAGCUCACGGGACCCCUGUUGCUGUUUCACAUCCUGAACUUCCUGCUGCCUCUCGUCAUCUCCAUCUUCUGCGGACACAUUGGCAACGCGGAGCUGGCCGGAUACGCGCUGGCAUCGGCGACCAUCAACGUGACCACCAUGGUGAUCGUGCAGGGCCUCACCAUGGCUUGUGACACGCUCAUCUCUCAGACGUACGGCAGCAAGAACCUGGAGCGCGUGGGCGUCAUCCUGCAGAGGAGCUCGCUCAUCCUGCUACUCUUCUGCUUGCCCUGCUGGGCCGUGCUCAUCAACGCCCACCACCUGCUGCUCCUCAUGCACCAGGACCGCCACGUUGCCAGGAUCGCGCAACUCUACAUGACGGCCUUCCUCCCGGCGGUUCCAGCCUUGUUCCUGCAUCAGCUGCAGGUGGCCUACCUGCAAAACCAGGGCAUCAUCCUGCCUCAGAUGUACACAGCGGCGUUGGCCAACCUUUUCAAUUUGGGGGCCAACUACGUCUUGAUCGUCAGCCUCCAGCUGGGUGUUGUCGGGUCGGCCGUAGCCAACAGCCUGUCUCAGGUGGCCAUCUGCCUGCUGCUCUACGCCUACAUCCGAUGGAAGAAGCUCCACGGGCCCACGUGGGGAGGCUGGUCCACCAAGUGUCUGCAGGACUGGGGCUCCUUCAUGAGGCUGGCGGUGCCCAGUAUCUUCAUGGUGUGCUUUGAGUGGUGGAUCUGGGAGAUUGGAGGCUUCCUCGCAGGUGUUCUUGGCGAGGCGGAUCUCGCGGCCCAGCACGUGAUGGUGGAGAUAUCGGCCAUUACAUACAUGUUUCCGCUGGGCAUCCACGCAGCUGCCUGCGUUCGUGUGGGCAACGCUCUGGGUGCAGGCGACACCGCCCGGGCCAUCCUCUCAUGUAAAGUGGCCCUGGUCCUAUCAGGACUGCUGGCUGUGCUGCAGGGCACCGUCAUUGUCAGCUCAAAGUCCAUCCUGGGCUACGUCUUCACGUCAGACGAAAACAUAGCUGCCAUGGUCUCCGAGAACCUCACCAUCUACACAUUCUUGCAGUUUUUCGACUCAAUUCUAUGCGUGUGCUCCGGAAUUCUGGUCGGCUGCGGCAUGCAGAAGGUCGCCGCCGCAUCAAACCUGGUGAGCUACUACUGCAUCGGCCUGCCAAUAGGGGUCGCACUCAUGUUUGCCGCCCACCUACGAAUAUUCGGCUUGUGGUUGGGUCUCCUGACGUGUGUUUGCCUCGAGGCAUCUUUCUUCCUCAUUCUUAUUUUCAAGCUUAACUGGAAAAAAGUCACCAAGGAGGCUGAGGAGCGAGCUGGGAAGGAAGCUCAAGUGGUGAACCAAGAGAGGCUCUGCGACCACUCGGUGAGUGGACGCUUGCGUGACGUUCGCAGGGCGAUUGCCAGGUUUGAUGAAUGUUGGCGGGCUGCAGGUGGAUGGCCAGGGAGCUUCAAAGAGUCAGGAUCGGGAGGCCAAGGACGAACCGGAGAAGUGGCUCUCCACCGCGCAGCUCGUCUUGAGGAGGGGGUCGGCCCUCUUGGCGGCGGUCGUUACGCUCGUGGCAGGCGUUGCCGUUCACCUCGCCUUUCCCGUUCCAGAAAUCCCGAUGUCCAACUCGGUGAACUUUACCCAAAUCUGGACUAAUGUGUCCACGGAAACGCCCUCAGCUUGGACGGAACCAACCCCCAAGGAUCUCUAAAUGUACACCGUUUUUUUAAAUUAUUAGCAUGGUUCAAUGGUUGCACACUAACCCAUUCAUACCAAACUACUCUUUAACUGUCACUUUUUUGUUUACCUUAUUUUUUUAUAAACCUUAUUAAGACAUACAGAAUAUUAUAUAUGAAGACGUGUUGCUAGGCAGACUUCACAGGACUCAGUAAUCUCUGGACCGUAAGCAAGACAACAGGCAUAGCCGUGAAGAUUAAUUUAGCUGCUGACUAGCA